AUGACGUUGCUCGGUGACAUGGAGCCCGCGGAGGCUGAAUCCGUCUAUUUCAAUGAAUACCCACCACCAAAGGCUCUUCCAAAGCAUGAAGCUCUUGCCCGUGCCUUCAUCGACUUGCAUGUAGAAGAUAAGCGCCGUGUCGUACUAGUCACUUCUGGUGGAACAACUGUUCCCUUGGAGGCACAGACAGUUCGUUUCAUCGACAAUUUCUCCGCAGGUACCCGCGGUGCCACCUCUGCGGAGUAUUUCCUGGAGCAGGGCUAUGCAGUGAUCUUUUUACACAGACAGUACAGUCUGUUGCCAUAUUCCCGCCAUUACAGCCAUUCCACGAACUGCUUCCUGGAUUUCAUGGAUGAGGCAUCACCAUCCGCCGAUUCACCCAAUCAGAACCAUGGCCCCAUUCAGGUGCGAAGCGAGUAUCAGGAUGAAAUGCGUGAUGUUCUUCGCAAGUACCGGUACGCAAAACGGAAUAAUCGUCUUCUGCUGCUUCCUUUCACCACGGUCGCGGAGUACAUGUUCGAGCUGCGUGCGAUGGCCAAGUUAAUGCGCCCUCUUGGUCCUAAUGCGCUUUUCUACCUCGCUGCUGCUGUCAGCGAUUUCUUCAUUCCCCGAAGCCGUAUGGCGGAACAUAAGAUUCAAUCAUCAGAGUUACCCGCAAACCUGGAUAACAGCAGUGCCAUCGGAUCCCAGGAGAUCUACACAGGUGAAAACGAGAUCCAGCCACCGAGGAGCCAGAAGAAAUUGGUCGUCAACCUUGAUCCUGUUCCGAAGUUCUUGCACCGUUUAGUGGAUGGUUGGGCUCCCGAUGGAAGUAUGGUUGUCUCGUUCAAGCUGGAGACUGAUCCUUCGUUAUUGGUGUACAAGGCGCGCACGGCUUUGCAGCGCUACUCCCACCACUUGGUUAUUGGAAAUCUGCUCUCCACGAGAAAGUGGGAGGUUGUUUUUAUCACACCAGAUGCGCCACAUGAGCGUUGGAUUCGAGUUCCCAAGGCUCGACGCAGUAAGAGUAUCUCUGGGGUGGAGGACCAGGUUGGUCUUGCGGAGAUCCAAAAGGGCGAGGGUCAACAGCCUCGAACACAGGAAGUGUCGGAUCUAAGUGAUGAGACUCGGGAUGGGAUUGAGAUCGAAAGUCUGAUUAUUCCGGAGUUGGUUAAGCUGCAUGACAAGAUGAUUGAAAAGAAGACUCCUAAGGAGUGA